AUGGCAUCCCUCAACGGCCAUGCCACAAAAUCUCAAAAGGCCGCCGAGCGCCGCAUUGAACACCACGAGGGCGAUGUCGUGAUCGUUGGCGCGGGCGUCCUGGGCUGUGCGCUUGCCGUUACGCUUGGAAGACAAGGACGAAGCGUGAUCCUGCUAGAAAAGUCGCUGAAGGAGCCCGAUCGCAUCGUCGGUGAACUGCUGCAGCCGGGUGGCGUGCGAGCACUGGAGCAGCUGGGCCUGCAAGACUGCCUAGACGAGAUCGACGCCAUCCAGGUCAACGGAUACUACGUCUCAUACUUUGGGGAGCCGGUCUCAAUUGAAUACCCAAAGGAGAAUCCUUCCACGCCCGCGCCCUUAGGACGGUCCUUCCACCAUGGCCGCUUCGUGAUGAAGCUGCGCCAGGCCGCUCACGACUGCCCCAAUGUGACUAUCAUCGAGACCCAGGCUACGGGCCUGGUGACUUCGUCAACUACACAGCAGGUUUUCGGUGUUGAGUGUGUGACCAAUGAUAUGAAGGAUUGCUACUUUGCCCAGCUCACCGUCAUCGCCGAUGGCUACGCCUCCAAGUUCCGCAAGACCUACCACCCACACACCCCCAAGGCCAAGUCAAAGUUCUGGGGCCUGGAAAUGAUCGAUGCCAAACUCCCCGCCCCUAACUACGGUCAUGUCCUCCUCAGCGAUAAGCCCCCAGUUCUCAUGUACCAGAUCGGCACCCACGAGACCCGCGUCCUCGUGGAUAUCCCCGAGAACCUUCCCUCUGCGUCGGUCAAGAAUGGCGGUGUUAAGGGCCACCUACGGAAUACAAUCCUCCCCACGCUCCCGAAAGAGGUUCAGCCUAUGUUUGAGGCUGCAUUGGAUAAGGGCCAGCUACGAUCUAUGCCAAACUCGUUCCUGCCUGCUUCAGCGAACAAGACGCCCGGAUUGAUGAUGUUGGGCGAUGCGCUUAACAUGCGGCAUCCGUUGACGGGUGGUGGAAUGACAGUGGCACUCAACGAUGUCUGCUUUAUUCGCGACUUGCUUAGCCCCGAGCGCGUGCCAGACUUGGGCAAAACAGAGCUGGUCCUGAAGCAGCUCUCGCGCUUCCACUGGAUGCGAAAGAAGUCUUCAACUGUCAUCAACAUCCUCGCACAGGCUCUCUAUGCUUUGUUCGCCGCUAAUGACCCGAACCUCCUCGCCCUCCAACGCGGCUGCUUCCGCUACUUCCAAAUGGGCUACAUCGACGGUCCUGUCGGACUUCUCGCCGGCCUAAUCCGGCAACCUCUCGUCCUCUUCAACCACUUUUUCUCCGUCGCAUUCGUCUCCAUCUGGGUCAUGUUCACCGAAACUCCUUUGACACAAUUAAUCAUGUUCCCCAUCCGAUCCAUCAUGGUCUUCUGGACGGCAUGCGUUGUGAUUUUCCCAUAUAUUUUCGCCGAGAUCUGGAGUUGA